AUGAAACCCGACCACGACAUUGACUUGAACGAGUUGGUCAAUCAGUUAUCCUCCCAAGUUCAUGGUUGUCUCGAACGUAUCCUGAUAGAGCCACAGCAGCCGAAACAAGAUGAAGAGCCCAAAUCCCUCGAAACAUAUACCGACGAGCUAAAGACGACCGCCAUGGCAUUGGAAAGACAACUCAAAGAUGUUCGGCUACGUUCAUUAGGGGAUAGAAAGCUUGCAGUAAAUGAAUCGAUAUCACUCUUGAAACGAGAUAUUGAAUUGAAGCAGAAUGCUAUCGACAAAUAUGCCAGCAAACUUGAUCAAUGGAGCAAUGACCUACCAGUACUCGUCGCAAAGAGCAAACAAGUAGUAUUACAUAGGACAGAUGGGAAAGAUAUCGAUGACAAGAAUGUACAACAGCAGCAAAAGAAGGAGGAGGAUGAGGAGAUGGUUGAAGAAUUAUAA